AUGCAUCUACAACAUUCCACCGCACUUUUUGCCAUUGCGGCGGUUGCCAUUCCGUCGGCUCAUGCUCAUGUUGCUAAAUCUGCUCCCAAGGAUGCGACUUGCAGAAAAACCAGCGUUGCCAUCUUGGGCGGCGGUAUGGCGGGCAUAACCGCCGCACAAGCACUCUCAAAUAACUCCAUCACCGACUUCGUCAUCAUAGAGUACAAUGACCGAGUUGGCGGCCGUGCUACACAGACCAACUUUGGCAAAAAGGAGGAUGGCUCACCUUAUGUGGUUGAGCUGGGACCAAACUGGAUUCAGGGUCUUGGCCGUCCAGGUGGCCCAGAGAACCCUAUCUGGACCUUGGCCAAAAAGUACAACCUGAAGAACACCUUCUCCGACUAUACUUCCAUGUUGACCUACGAUGAAACUGGCUACACUGAUUACAGCGACAUACUUGACGAAUAUGACGAAGCGUGGACCAAAGCAUCCGUAAGGGCCGGCCGUAUGCUCGCAGAGAAUGCUCAAGACGAAACCACCCGCGCCGGUCUUGCCAUGGCUGGAUGGAACCCGAAGCACACCGAUAUGAAGCGCCAGGCAGUUGAGUGGUGGAACUGGGAUUGGGACGCCGCGUUGACUCCAGAAGAGUCGUCUCUGAUAUUCGGUGCUGCCAGUGACAACCUCACUUUCCACCAGUUCAGCGACCACAACAACCUCGUCAUUGACCCCCGGGGCUACAGGCACAUCAUUGAAGAGGAGUCAAACACAUUUCUCAACAAGAACGACAACCGGCUGCUUCUCAAGACCCAAAUCACGAAUGUCACCUACUCGGACGACGGCGUCACCAUCCACAACAGCGACGGUUCAUGCAUCUCGGCCGCCUACGCCAUCUGCACUUUCUCCCUUGGCGUUCUCCAAAACAACGCCGUCGCCUUUGAGCCGCAGCUCCCUGAGUGGAAACGGGUCGCCAUUCAAAAGUUCAGCAUGGGCACCUACACCAAGAUCUUCAUGCAGUUCAACGAGACCUUCUGGCCCACGGACUCGCAGUACUUCCUGUACGCGUCUCCCACGACGCGCGGAUACUACCCCGUGUGGCAGUCUCUCUCGACCGAGGGCUUCAUGCCCGGCUCCAACAUCAUCUUUGCCACCGUCACCGAGGAGGGGUCCUACAGAGUGGAACAGCAGACGGACGAGCAGACCAAGGACGAGGCGCUCGAGGUUCUGCGGCAAAUGUUCCCCAACGUCACGGUUCCCGAGCCGCUGGCCUUUAUGUAUCCUCGCUGGACAAAGGCGCCGUGGUGCUUUGGCAGCUACUCCAACUGGCCCAUCGGCACCACCCUCGAGAUGCACCAGAACCUGCGGGCAAACACGGGCCGGUUGUGGUUCGCAGGCGAGGCCACCAGCGCCGAGAAUUUUGGAUUCCUACAUGGCGCCUGGUUUGAGGGAAUGGAGGCUGGAUCCCAAGUUGCCGCCUUGUUGAAGGGUGAAUGUGCCCACGUAUACAACGGCGCCGAGUGCGGCGGCAGGGUUCAUUAUGAGACGCUUCGCGGAACCUCGCCCUUGGAGAACUACAACGUUCUCAAUGGCUGGGCGUCCAGCAGCUUCUAG